AGACACGGCAUGGUGUGUAUAGUAGAAAAACACAGACAUACACGUACACAGUCCGAACAGGGCCGUCUGUGUUGGAUCAGGAACGGAGGCUUCCCACAUAAUUCCUGUGCAUAAAUUCCUGCGUGUGUGAGAUUAAUUUGAGAGGAAAAGUUCCCAGAAAAGACAGAUUCAUCUUAAUGUUUAUUUGAGUUCAACCUCAAGUUAGAGACCCCUCCUAGGGCUCCGAAUGAACCCGGCUUCUCUUAUACAAACACAUACACAGAUCAAGGUGUGUUUGUCUUUCCUACCCAAACUCUAGGUUUUUCGGGACAGGUAUCCCCCUCCUCCCAAAACAGCUCGUCCACCUCGGGGAGACGGAUUUGAGGGCGGGUCUCCAAACUUAAGUGUGUAUCUGUGAAUAUGUGUGUGUUGAUAACCUGCACGUUUCUCUCGCUGCGAGUCAGUCUGUCUCUGGUAGUCGAGCAGGUCAUUAGGACUCACGCCGCAUUACAGUAUGACGUUGCCGGGGUUUGUGAUGCUGCUAUGCAUCCUGGGAGCUCAAGCCACCGUGGAUCUGAGAAAUGCUGCUGCUAUGGCUGCAGGCUUGUGUAACACCAAGCCCACUGAUGUAGUGUUCAUCAUCGACAGCUCUCGAAGUGUCCGGCCCUCUGAGUUUGAGCAGGUCAAGGUCUUCCUGACCAAAGUGAUCGACGGUUUGAACGUCGGAGCUGAUGCUACUCGCGUGGGUGUCGUGAACUACGCCAGUCGGGUGAAGAACGAGGUCUCUCUGAAGUCCCACAAAACCAAGGCUGCGCUUGUCAAGGCCGUGUCCAAGAUCGAGCCGCUGUCCAGCGGGACCAUGACAGGCCUGGCCAUCCAGUUCGCCAUGAACGUGGCCUUCAGCGAAGCCGAGGGAGCGCGCAAAUCCCCCGACAUCAGCAAGGUGGCAAUUAUUGUGACUGACGGCAGACCCCAGGACAACAUCCGUGACAUUGCAGUAAGGGCGCGUGAGGCCGGCAUUGAGAUAUUUGCCAUCGGAGUGGGCCGUGUGGAAAUGACCACGCUCAGGCAAAUGGCCAGCGAGCCUCUGGAUGAUCACGUGGACUACGUGGAGAGCUACAGCCUCAUUGAGAAGCUCACCAAGAAGUUCCAGGAGGCCUUCUGUGCGGUUGUGUCGGACCUAUGCGCGACAGGCGAUCAUGACUGUGAGCACAUUUGCAUCAGCACACCCGGAUCUUUCAAGUGCGCCUGCAGAGAGGGUCACACACUCACGGGCGACGGCCGAACAUGCAGCGCUUGCAGUAACGCCGCCACAGAUGUGGUCUUCUUGAUCGACGGGUCCAAGAGUGUAAGACCAGAGAACUUCGAGCUGGUCAAGAAAUGGAUCAACCUGAUCAUCGACAAACUGGACGUGUCAGAAACCAACGCUCAUGUGGGACUGGUGCAGUAUUCGAGCUCCGUGAAGCAGGAGUUUCCUCUGGGACGCUACAACAACAAAAAGGCCCUUAAAGAAGCUGUGAAAAAGAUGGGUUAUAUGGAGAGGGGAACCAUGACUGGCCAGGCCAUCAAUUUCCUGGUGGACAACAGCUUCACUCCUAACCAGGGCGCCAGACCUGGAGUGGCAAAGGUCGGUAUUGUCUUCACUGACGGCAGGUCGCAAGACUACAUUGGAGACGCCGCCAAGAAGGCCAAGGAGAACGGCUUUGAAAUGUUUGCUGUGGGCGUUGGCAAUGCUGUCGAGGACGAGCUGAAAGAGAUCGCCUCUAUCCCUGUCGCUGACCAUUACUUCUACACAGCUGACUUCAAAACCAUGAACCAAAUUGCCAAGAAUCUGCAAAUCAAUGUUUGUCAAGUAGAAGAUCCCUGUGAAUGUAAUUCCCUUGUCAAGUUCCAGAAAAAGGUGGAGGAGGCACUACAGGCAUUAACAAAGAAAUUGGACGCUGUGACGAAAAGGAUCGCUGCCCUGGAGAACAAGAUAGUUUGAGAAGGAGCCAACCUCUAAUUCUUACACUAACAUCCCUUUCUUUUCUUGUGUAAAAUGUCUCCUGUGACCUCUGACCCUGAUGCUUUAGAUCCACUCCAUUUCUUUCUGCCUCUUUGCCUUCAUCACUAUAUUGUCCAUGGGGAUGGAGCACUGAAUAAAAGCGAAAGGAGUCAGUUUUCAAACAACCAUCUCUCCCCCCCCUUCAACAAAACCCUGUAAGCUUGACUAUAAAAUCUGAGAAGAUCUUCAUGUACAACAAAUGAAAGGACAAUAAAGUCUUCCCUGUGGGGAGGUGGUGUGUCUAUUAAAUCAUACGAUCUUUCUUCAUUCUAGCUUUCUCAAACACAUUCUUUCAGAUUCUGCCCCGAAAGUAUUAUUUUAUAAGGAAUAUAUAUGUAAUGGUAAUUUAAUAUAAGUUUUGACUUGAAAUAAAUGUGUGAAUGCUUGAUUA